UCUCUCUCUCUCUCUCUCUCAUUCUCUCACUCAUUUAUCACAUAUUCAUCUAUAUAUGCAUAAUAUAGUUUCCAUUAUUAGACUAUAUACAACACUUUCUUCAUACCAGAAAGCCUCUCUAUUUUAGUUCCAAAUCUUCUCUCGUCAGUGGAAAACAUGUAAAUGAGAGAAACAAAAUAUGAGGGAAAGAUAUGAAAAAACUAACCUUUUACUUUUAGUUUCAACCCCCCAACAACCAAACUUUCUUUGCUGAGCAGAGAAGUUGAAGUUCUAUAAUUCGAUACAUUCAUAGCUGCAGAGAGAGAUAAAAUGGAGGGUAGCAAUUUAAGCAGAAGCAUAAGUAGGAGCUUGAGCAGGUCAAGUUGGAGAAUGGAGGGUGUGUUUGCGAGUGGGAGAUAUUCAAGAAGAACAUCAAAUAUUGAUGAGGACGAAGAGGCUCUCAAGUGGGCAGCCAUAGAGAGAUUACCAACCUACGACAGACUAAGAACAAGUAUCCUUCAAACUUUUGCAGAGGGUGAUCAUGCUCGUCCCAACACAUUGCAACACAGAGAAGUCGAUGUUAGAAAGUUAGAUGUCAACGAAAGGCAAGAGUUUAUAGACAGAAUCUUCAAGGUUGCCGAAGAAGACAAUGAAAAGUACUUGAGCAAGUUCAGAAACAGACUUGAAAAGGUUGGUAUCCGACUCCCAACAGUAGAAGUGAGGUUUCAAAAUUUGACAGUUGAGGCUGAUUCCUACGUUGGAAGCAGAGCUCUGCCAACACUACCAAACGUUGCAUUGAACAUUGCUGAAUCAGCUCUUGGCUUGUGUGGGAUUAGUACCGCAAAGAGAAGAAAGCUCACUAUUCUUAAAGAUGUCUCCGGCAUUAUUAAACCUUCUAGAAUGGCCCUUCUGCUUGGUCCUCCAUCUUCAGGGAAAACGACCCUUUUGCUGGCGUUGGCUGGAAAAUUGGACAAUGAUUUGAGGGUUCGAGGAGAAAUCUCCUACAACGGGUACAAGCUCAAUGAGUUUGUCCCAAGAAAGACUUCAGCCUACAUUAGCCAGAAUGAUGUGCAUAUUGGAGAAAUGACUGUAAAAGAAACCUUCGAUUUCUCAGCUAGAUGUCAAGGAGUUGGAACAAGAUAUGACCUAUUAGCCGAGCUUGCUCGAAGGGAAAAAGAAGCUGGAAUAUUUCCAGAGGCAGAACUUGAUCUUUUCAUGAAGGCCACUGCAAUGGAGGGAACCGAAAGCAGUCUCAUUACUGACUAUACUCUCAAAAUAUUGGGGCUUGAUAUUUGCAAAGAUACGAUCGUGGGUGAUGAAAUGCACAGAGGAGUAUCUGGUGGCCAAAAGAAGCGUGUAACAACAGGAGAAAUGAUUGUUGGGCCCACAAAAACAUUGCUGAUGGAUGAAAUAUCAACGGGUCUUGAUAGCUCCACGACAUAUCAAAUAGUGAAAUGCUUCCAGCAGAUUGUACACCUUACGGAAGCAACCAUAUUCAUGUCUCUACUCCAACCUGCUCCGGAGACGUUCGAUCUGUUUGAUGACAUCAUCUUGAUAUCGGAGGGUCAGAUUGUUUAUCAGGGCCCACGUGAGCACAUCAUUGAGUUCUUUGAAUCAUGUGGAUUUAGAUGUCCUGAAAGAAAGGGAACCGCAGAUUUCUUACAGGAGGUUACUUCAAGGAAAGACCAAGAACAAUAUUGGAUAAAUAGAAACAUACCAUAUCAUUACAUCACAGUAAGCGAAUUUGCAAAUAGAUUCAAGCAAUUCCAUGUUGGAAUGCAACUUGAGAAUGAACUAUCCGUGCCAUUUGACAAAUCAAAGGGACAUAGAGCAGCUCUUGUUUUCAAGAAAUAUACAGUGCCCACAAUGGGACUUCUUAAGGCAUGUUGGGAUAAGGAAUUGCUACUGAUCAAGAGGAACUCUUUUGUCUAUAUAUUUAAGACAGCUCAAAUAUGCAUCAUUGGUAUCAUAGCUGCAACUGUGUUCUUUAGGACCAAAAUGCAUCAAAGGGAUGAGUCUGAUGCAGCAGUUUACAUAGGUGCCAUUUUGUUUACCAUGAUCAUGAACAUGUUCAAUGGUUUUUCUGAAUUACCACUCACCAUUGCAAGACUUCCUGUUUUCUACAAGCACAGAGACCACCUUUUCCAUCCUCCUUGGACUUAUACCCUCCCUAAUUUCUUACUAAGAAUCCCCAUUUCUAUCUUUGAAGCUAUUGUUUGGGUACUUCUCACAUACUACCCAAUAGGAUUUGCACCUGAAGCUAGCAGGUUUUUCAAGCACCUGUUGUUAGUUUUUCUUGUCCAACAAAUGGCAGCUGGGAUGUUUAGGCUCAUAUCUGGAGUUUGUAGAACCAUGAUUAUUGCUAACACUGGUGGAGCCCUCAUGCUGCUUCUUGUUUUUCUACUUGGAGGUUUUAUCCUUCCUAAACGUGACAUUCGAGAUUGGUGGAUAUGGGGUUACUGGAUUUCACCAUUAACAUAUGCGUACAAUGGUUUGACAGUGAACGAAUUAUUUGCUCCAAGGUGGAGCAAACCGGCUAAAGAUGGUGUAACCCCAAUCGGUUUGGCUACGUUAAAUAACUUUGACGUUUUCGCCGAGAAAGGAUGGUACUGGAUAGGUGUAGCGGUUCUCUUGGCCUUCACUGUUCUGUACAAUGUUCUCUUCACCUUUGCACUCAUGUACCUUAAUCCCAUUGGAAAAAAACAAGCAAUAAUAUCUGAAGAAGAAGCAACCGAAAUGGAAACUGGAGGAAACUCUAGGGAAGAGCCUAGACUUCUAAGGCCAGAGCCCAACAGAGAGAUAGCUCCUCAGCCAUUAUAUUCUACUGAUGGAAACAACACACGAGAAGUGGCAAUGCAACAAAUGAGUGGCCGAGGUCAUCCUAGUGGAAUGAGAAAUGUUGAUUCAAUGCGUGAUUCAACCCUUGGUGUUUCCCCGAAGAAGGGAAUGGUUCUACCUUUUCAACCACUUGCAAUGUCUUUUGACAGUGUUAAUUAUUAUGUGGACAUGCCUGCUGAAAUGAAAGAGCAAGGAGUGACAGAAGAUAGACUACAGUUACUGAGGGAAGUAACUGGUGCCUUUAGGCCUGGAGUUUUGACUGCUUUAAUGGGAGUGAGUGGAGCUGGAAAGACAACUUUGAUGGAUGUUUUAGCUGGGAGAAAAACAGGUGGCUACAUUGAAGGAGAUGUUAGAAUAUCAGGCUACCCAAAGAAUCAAGAAACAUUUGCAAGAAUUUCUGGCUACUGUGAGCAGACUGAUAUCCAUUCACCCCAAGUUACUAUUCGAGAGUCUUUGAUCUAUUCUGCUUUCCUUCGUUUACCUAGAGAGGUCAAUAAUGAGGAGAAAAUGAAAUUUGUCGAUGAAGUAAUGGACUUGGUUGAGCUAGACAAUCUCAAGGAUGCUAUAGUUGGGCUUCCAGGUGUUACGGGGUUGUCUACCGAACAAAGAAAAAGACUAACAAUUGCUGUUGAACUUGUUGCAAAUCCUUCAAUCAUUUUCAUGGAUGAACCCACUUCAGGUCUCGAUGCAAGAGCAGCAGCCAUUGUGAUGAGGACUGUGAGAAACACUGUUGACACUGGAAGAACAGUUGUAUGCACAAUUCACCAACCUAGCAUUGAUAUCUUUGAGGCUUUUGACGAGUUGUUGUUGAUGAAGAGAGGAGGCCAAGUGAUAUACUCAGGACCAUUAGGAAGGAAUUCGCACAAGAUUAUAGAAUAUUUUGAGGCAAUCCCAGGGGUCCCAAAAAUUAAGGACAAGUACAAUCCAGCCACAUGGAUGUUAGAGGUAAGCUCUAUAGCAGCUGAAGUUCGACUUGGAAUGGAUUUUGCAGAGUACUACAAAACAUCAUCUUUAUACCAGCGAAACAAAGCUCUCAUAAGGGAAUUAAGCACACCUCCACCAGGAGCAAAAGAUUUGUACUUCCCUACUCAGUAUUCUCAGUCCACUUGGGAACAAUUCAAGUCUUGUUUAUGGAAGCAAUGGUUGACUUAUUGGAGAAGUCCAGAUUAUAACCUUGUCAGAUUUUUCUUCACCUUAGCUGUAGCUUUCGUGGUGGGGACAGUAUUUUGGAGGGUUGGCAAAAAAAGGGGAAGCUCAAGCGACUUGAACACUAUUAUAGGAGCUCUAUAUGGAUCUAUAUUUUUCGUUGGUGUUAACAAUUGUCAAACUGUUCAACCAGUAGUGGCAGUUGAAAGAACAGUGUUUUAUCGAGAAAGAGCUGCUGGAAUGUAUUCUGCUUUGCCUUAUGCCAUUGCACAGGUUAUCUCUGAAAUACCAUAUGUAUUUGUUCAAACUAUUUAUUUUGCAUUCAUAGUGUAUGCUAUGGUGAGCUUUGAAUGGAAAGUGGAAAAGGUCCUCUGGUUUUUCUUUGUUAGUUUUUUCUCCUUCUUGUACUUCACAUAUUAUGGGAUGAUGACUGUUUCCAUUACACCAAACCACCAAGUGGCAUCAAUCUUUGGAGCAGCUUUCUAUGGACUCUUCAAUCUCUUUUCUGGUUUCUUCAUCCCAAGACCAAAAAUUCCAAAAUGGUGGGUUUGGUAUUAUUGGAUCUGCCCAGUAGCAUGGACAGUGUAUGGGUUAAUUGUCUCACAGUAUAGAGAUGUAGAGAUAACCAUUUUUGUGCCUGGUGAGAAUAAUCAAACAAUCAAGCACUAUAUUGAAGACCAUUAUGGGUUUAAACCCAACUUCAUGGGACCAGUUGCUAUUGUUUUGGUCGCUUUUCCAGUCUUCUUUGCCUUUAUAUUUGCCUUCUCCAUCAAAACACUAAACUUCCAAACCAGAUAAAAAUAUAUAUACCAGUAAGGAAGUUAUGCUCUUGCAGGUUUUACCACUCAAUUUAGCUUGUGUAUGUUCAGAGAUAGCAAAUUUAUACACAAAUUUAGAAAACCA